AUGACGUUUAUCACGUUUGCAAAUGCCAAUGAAAAUACUAAGCCAUUGCUGACCACAUCUAGGGGAUCUGAUGUGCGGGAGCUGGUAGUGGGUGGAGGCAUCCAGAAGGUCGUGGUAGAAGAGGAACGUUGUACACUCUCGAACCUCCCUCCCCUGCUCCUCAGGCCGGGUCCUCAUGGGAGGCAGGGCUGCGUGCGGACGCAUGGCGGCGAGCGAGCAGACGUCCUCGAGCUCCGCCCCCACAGGCCCACCCGGAGCCUUAAAGGGCAGCCCCACGGCUCGCAGGGCAUUGAGGCCGGCGCCAACAGCCAGGAUGCGGGGGCCUGCCAGGCGGUGGGCGCCCGAGGGGCCGGGAGGCGAGCCGGGGACCCCAGGCGGGUGUGGGCAUCGUGUCCGCAGCCAGCGUCCCCGAGGCCGCGCUCGGGCCAUGAUCACUCGGUGAAGCUGCGCCGCGACAGCGUGGCUGACUUCUUGCGCUGUGAGGACCUGUGUGCGCUGCAGGACUCGCUGCCUCUGCCCGCCAUGGGCGCUUCCCUGCGGGAGGGCCUGCUGGACUUCAACGCCGACCGCCUUCGUGUCGUGGACUGGACGCCGCUCUUGAGCACUCUGCCCCUGAUCUGUAUCCAGAGUUUCUUCCAGCCACGGCCUGGAGAGACAGGUUGUGACAGGAAUAAAGUUUACAGAAGUCGUGUUACUGCGAUAAGAAAUAAAGAUGUGACCUUCCAGUUGUGUAAAGCUCAUGAGUGCUGUGUAAGUGCGUCAGGUGCGCUAAGGAACCUGGAGCUAAAUGGGCUAAUUCUGAGAGAGAGAGACUUAACUAUGUUAACAAAGGGAUUGAAUAUGGCUUCUUUGGUGCACCUGAGUCUUGUGAAUUGUCCAGUUGGAGAUAGAGGUUUAGAAAUUAUUUGUCAAGGUAUAAAGAACUCUAUCACUCUUAAGACAGUAAACUUCACGGGCUGUAAUCUGACAUGGCAGGGAGCAGAUUACAUGGCCAAGAUCUUAAAGUAUCAGACUAUCAGAAGACAUGAAGAAACCUGGGCUGAGAGUCUUCGUUCCAGGAGACCUGAUCUUGACUGUAUGCCUGGUUUGAGGCGCAUCACUCUGAACUGCAACAAGCUCAUUGGUGACCUGGGUGCUCGUGCUUUUGCAGAAUCUCUUAGUGAGGAUUUAUGGCUUGGAGCACUUGACCUGCAGCAGUGUGGCCUCACCAGUGAAGGAGCAAAGGCUUUACUAAAGGCCCUUGAAAGCAACAGAACUCUGGUCGUUUUGGAUAUAAGAAAAAAUCCGUUUGUUGAUCAUUCUGUGAUGAAAGCAGUUAUCAAAAAAGUUCUCCAUGGAAGGAGUGCCAAGUCAGAGUACCAGUGGAUAACUUCUCCAUCGGUGAAGGAACCAUCCACAACUGCUAGACAGAAAAAGAGAACUAUAAUUUUGGGAAGUGGUCGAAAAGGAAAAACUAUUAUUAGAAUUGGCUUGGCCGCGAAGAAACCUAUAAGUAAUGGAAGGAAACACUCUGCUGGUAAAGAAUGUUAUGCUCCUGAACCUCUACCACCUGGUGUGUCUGGUUUCCUGCUGUGGCUUACUGCAGACGUGCAAAAAGGAACAGAUGUGUUGUAUUCAUUUCCUUCAUGAGUAGACCAGGAGAUUGUAUUUCUAAAAGCAGUGAUAGACACUGGG